GAAAGCGGCGGCGGAGGCUGCUUCAUUGUUGUGAAGACUCUUAAAGGGGCCGCUCCCCCGGCCGGCCCGGCGCGGGGCGGUGGUGGGUGCGGCGGAGGUCCUCGGCUGCGGAGUGUAUAGGACCACGGCAAGGUGGGCCAGGGGUGCAGAGCCAGAGGAGCUCGGCGGACAUCGGCAGGCCCGCCCGGCCCCAACCCGGACAUGGAGCCCCUCUCGGCCAAGCGGAGCCGGGGUUGCCCCGGGGGACCCGAGCGGUGCGACGCCGGGGCCGGGCGGGGCCGGCCCGAGACACUGCUGGACCUCAGCGCCAAGAGGGUGGCGGAGAGCUGGGCCUUCGAGCAGGUCGAGGAGCGGUUCUCCCGGGUGCCAGAGCCUGUGCAGAAGCGGAUCAUGUUCUGGUCGUUUCCACGAAGUGAGAGGGAGAUAUGCAUGUACUCGUCCCUGGGGUACCAGCCUGCAGAGGGUGAGCAGGACGCCCGGGUGCCCUUCACCCGGGGGCUGCACCUGCUGCAGAGCAGCUCCGUCGACCGUGUCCUCCAAGUGGGGUUCCAUCUGAGCGGGAAUGUGCGGGAGCCGGGCAGUCCCGGGGAGCCGGAGCACAGCUACCACGUGUCCAUCAGCUUCGACCGCUGCAAGAUCACGUCUGUGAGCUGCGGCUGCGACAACCGGGAUCUCUUCUACUGUGCACACGUAGUGGCCCUGUCGCUGUACCGCAUCCGCCAUGCCCGCCAGGUGGAGCUGAAGCUGCCCAUCUCAGAGACGCUGUCCCAGAUGAACCGUGAGCAGCUGCAGAAGUUUGUGCAGUACCUCAUUAGUGCCCACCACACCGAGGUGCUCCCCACCGCCCAGCGCCUGGCUGACGAGGUCCUGCUGCUCGGCUCUGAGAUCAACCUGGUGCAUGGUGCCCCAGACCCCACAGCAGGUGCGAGCAUUGAGGACGCCAACUGCUGGCACCUGGACGAGGAGCAGAUCCAGGAGCAGGUGAAGCAGUUGCUGUCCAAUGGCGGCUACUACGGGGCCAGCCAGCAGCUGCGCUCCAUGUUCAGCAAGGUGCGGGAGAUGCUGCGCAUGCGGGACUCCAAUGGAGCGCGCAUGCUCAUCCUCAUGACUCAGCAGUUCCUGCAGGACCCACGCCUGGCGCUGUGGAGGCAGCAGGGCGCCGGCAUGACGGACAAGUGCCGGCAGCUGUGGGAUGAGCUGGGGGCCCUGUGGGUCUGCGUCAUUCUGAGCCCCCACUGUAAACCAGAGGAGCGGGCAGGCUGGCUCCAGCUACUGGGCACAUGGGACAAGCUGGACAUGUGUCCACUGGAAGAGGGCAACUACUCCUUUGAUGGCCCCAGUCUCCAGCCCGUGGCAGCUCCCAGCCCAGAUCCCCGGCAAGGAGAGACAGAGGUAACAGCGCCCCGUUCCCAUCACACAGUGUUUGGUCGAGCCUUGCGGGCUGGGGCAAUGCACUGGAAGAAUGCCCACCUCCAGAGGAUCCUGGCCAGCGACUGCCCCAGCCCUAGCUUCACAGGCAGCACCGGAGGUGACAAGCCGGACUUUGACCCUCAGGGCCGCCCGCUCUGGCUGGGUGAACCCUUCCCCACCGCCUGUGCGCGGGUGGACACCCUGCGUGCCCAUGGGUACCCCCAUAAGGCACUGCGGCUGGCAGGCGCCAUCAUAAACACCCUCCGGCUGCAGCAGCGGCACCAGCUUGAGAUCUACAAGCAGCAGAAAAAAGAGCUGCUACAGAAAGGUGCCACCUGCAUCACCAACACAGAAGGCUGGGUGGGCCACCCCCUGGACCCCAUCGGCUGCCUCUGCAGGGCACUCCUAGAGGCCUGUCGCCUGGAGGAAGAGACUGUCUCACUUUAUCCAGACUCAGGCACCGAGAAACGGAAGGCAGUCUACCAGCAUGUGCCGGUGCCCGGGAACCCAGGGGAGUCCUACCUAGCGCUGGCGCUAGAGGUCACGCUUCUGGGGCUGGGACAGCAGCGGGCUUUGCCCGAGGGACUGUAUGCCCAGGACAAGGUGGUGCGAAACGAGGAGCAGCUCCUGGCCCUGCUGGAGGAGGUGGAUUUGGAUGACAGGCUGGUACAGGUGCUGCGCAGGCAGGCGGGGCUGCUGCUGGAAGGAGGUCCCUUCAGCGGUUUCGGCGAAGUGCUGUUCCGGGAGAGCGUGCCCAUGCACACCUGCGCCCGCUACCUGUUCAGCGCACUGCUGCCCCAUGACCCCGAUCUGGCCUACCGCCUCGCGCUUCGGGCCAUGAGGCUGCCGGUCCUGGAGACCACGUAUCCAGCUGGAGAUCCUCACCCCAACCCACUGGACUCCAUCGUGAGCAACCGUUUGCCCCGCUGGUUCAUCCUGGGCCACCUGGAGACGCGUCAGUGUGAACUGGCAUCCACCCUGCUGACAGCCGCCAAGGGAGACCCCAAGUGGCUGCACGCGGUCCUGGCAUCCAUCCAGCAGAACAUCCACUCCCCAGCCCUGCUCUUCAAGCUGGCACAAGAUGCCUGCAAGACGGCCACCCCCGCCAGCGCACCCCCAGACACCACACUGCUGGGCAUCGCACUGGAGCUGGGCCUGCAGGUCAUGCGUAUGACCCUGAACACCAUGACUUGGCGCCGGAGGGAGAUGGUGCGCUGGCUUGUGAGCUGUGCCACAGAGAUCGGCCCCCAAGCACUGAUAAACAUCAUGCAGAACUGGUAUUCCCUGUUCACACCGGUGGAGGCGGCCACCAUUGUGGCAGUGACAGGCACCACACAUGCCACACUGCUUCGGUUGCAGCUGGACACGCUGCGGCGUGAGGAGCUCUGGACCUGCGCGCGCACGCUGGCCUUGCAGUGCGCCAUGAAAGACCCUCAGAACUGUGCCCUGCCCGCCCUGACCCUGUGUGAGAAGAACCAUGCAGCCUUUGAGGCUGCCUACCAGAUCGUGCUGGACGCGGCAGCUGGCAGCCUGGGCCACGCACACCUCUUCACAGUGGCCCGCUACAUGGAGCACCGUGGGCUGCCACUGCGUGCCUACAAGCUGGCCACGCUGGCCCUGGCGCAGCUCAGCAUCGCCUUCAACCAGGACAGCCACCCAGCUGUCAACGACGUGCUGUGGGCCUGCUCCCUCAGCCACUCGCUGGGCCGUCAUGAGCUCUCAGGCAUCGUCCCUCUCAUCAUCCGCAGCAUCCACUGUGCUCCGAUGCUGUCUGACAUCCUGCGCCGCUGGACCCUCUCGGCACCAGGCCUUGGCCCUCUGGGGGCCCGGCGGGCCACCAAGCCAUUGGGCACUGACCGGGCGCCACUGUGCCAGCUCUUAGAUGCCGCUGUCGCUGCCUACAUCACCACCAGCCACUCACGCCUCACACACAUCAGCCCACGCCACUAUGGCGACUUCAUUGAGUUUCUGGGCAAGGCCCGUGAGACCUUCCUGCUAGCACCAGAUGGGCAUCUGCAGUUCUCCCAGUUCUUGGAGAACAUCAAACAGACCUACAAGGGCAAGAAGAAGCUGAUGCUGUUGGUGCGGGAGCGUUUUGGCUGAGACAGUGGUGGCGGGGACACCAGGGUCCCCAGUCCUUACCUCCCCAUCCCCUCAGCACUGCGCUGGGGGCCGCAUCAGUAUUAAGUCAGGGAAGUGGAUGGGACGUGUGUGCCUGGGCAUGUGCGAACGAGUGUACAAGACAGGAGCAAAAGCCAUACCGCCUCUCCAACACCUAGAAGAGGCAUGUGCUUGAGUGGAUCACAUGACCACCCCCACCCUGGCCUUGGGCACCCCAGAAGCAAUAGACAAGUACCCUUGCCCCUACUGGGCUCCAGAAGAGGACCUGUCUGGAACCUGUCCCAGGGCGAUGUAGCAUAGGUUCCUGGCUCCCACCUGCAUGGCCAGGGGCUUUAUACAAGGGCAGCUGGCUUGCCUUCCUUACCCCACUGCCCAGGGGCCUUCACUGCAUUGCUCUGAACCCCCUCCUGGGCUGCCCUACCCCCACAAAGGAUCUCACAGGGUCUCAGGCCUUAGCCACAUACCUCAGUUCCUUGUCCAGCAGGGACCCCUUGGGCACCAGGGUCCCUGGGGAGGCAGGGCCUGGGGUCCUCAUCCCCCCACCCGCUAGGCACUGGACAGACAACUCAGGAACCAUACAAUGCCCCCUGCCACCGAGUGUGUCAGGAUCUGAGCAGAAGAGACCCCCCAUGUAGGGGAGAAGCUCCAGGUUCUCUGCCUCAGGCUGUCUCCAUCUCUUCCUCUGUCCCUGCCUUUACUCCAUCUUACUGUUUGAUACUUCUCUCCGGUCAGCCUCCCUUUUAAGUCCCAGCCAGGGCUUUCUGGCUGCCUUGCUGUGCCCCCGCUCACCCCUCUGCCUCCUCUUGUAAUAAGGAAGAAGAUGGCAUCAUUUUGUAACUCUUUUUCUAUUUAUUGAACCCUAUAUUGUUUUUUU